AUGACCAGGAGUACCAACAAGCAACCUUUGCUUUUUGAUCCUGAAGUUGAGGCAACUGGUCGUAGAACACACGCAAGUGCAAAGAAAAGGAGGGCGGAGGCUCGCAAACAAGCUAAACAGGCCUCUCAAUCUCUUGACAUGGCGGCUCAGGCAGCUCCCGAGAGAACUCUUAGGCAGUCUACACAACCCAAGGCUAGCAAUGUUAUCGCGGGGAUUAGGAUGCCGACUACUAAUGCUGGAAACUUUGACAUCAAAUCCCAUGUUAUGAAUAUGAUCACGGGAAAUCAGUUCUAUGGUCUUGACAAUGAAGAACCCGUUGAUCAUCUGCAAAAAUUCCUUCAAGCAUGUUCUUUACAAAAGAUUACUGGGAUGACUGACGACGAGCUCUCCUUGUAUCUCUUUCGUUUCUCUUUCGCAGGCAAAGCUCAACGUUGGUAUAACUCUCUUCCCAACACCAUUACUAAUUGGGCACAAUUGUCUGAUGCUUUCCUAGUGAAGUAUUAUCCCGGUUAUAAGACUCAUGACUACAGAGUUAAGCUCUAUAGUUUCUCACAAGAUGCGGGGGAGACUUUUCAUGAUGCGUGGGAGAGAUUCAAAGAUUACCAAUAUAUGUGCCCUCAUCAUGGUAUUGAGAAGGAAUUUCUUAUGCAAUCUUUUUAUAAUGGUCUUGAUAAUGAGACUAAGAGGAUGGUAGAUGGUGCAGCUGGCGGCUCUUUCAUGAACAAACAAACUUCUGAGGCUAUUUCACUCUUGGAUACUCUUGCUGAAAAUCAAUGGAAUAGCUCUUCUAGGCGCGCAGUUCAAGCACCAAGGAAGGGGAAGCAUGAAGUUGAAACUUAUUCCCUUCUAUCAUCACAAAUCUCAGCUUUGAAUGCGAAAAUUGAUGGGAUGCGCAUGAGUGCUAAUACAUCUAUGCCAGUCAAUGCUAUGGCUACCUCUAGCCAAGGUGGAGUUGCUUGUGAUUAUUGCGGUGUGCAUGGUCAUUCUAUAAUGGAGUGUUCUGUUAAUCCCAAUGGAGCUAUGGGAGUUCCAGAGCAACAACACUUUCCACCACAAGCACCACAACAGCAAUAUGGGCAACAUCGGCAAUAUCAGCCCAAUCAAGGACCACCCGGUUUCCAAAGGCCUCCUCAAGGCCAUCAACAACAGCAACUUCAGAACCAACAACCCCAAUCCGAAUUGGGAGAGUUGAAAACCAUGAUGGCUCAAAUGGCCAAACAGCUUGAGCAACUCGGUACUCACAAUAAAAUGCUUGAAACUCAAGUCGCUCAUUUAGCUGCAUCUAGCUCCUCUAGACAAGCAGGAGCAUUGCCCGGCCAACCUACUCAACCACAUGGCAAGGAGACCGCCAAUGCAAUCACUACAAGGAGUGGGUUGAGCUAUGAUGAGCCACCCAUGCCUCACAAUGGAGAGUCAAAUUCGAAAGAUGCGGGCAUUUCUGAAGCGAUUACUGAUGAAGCAUCUUCUGAGGCAGUGCACAAGAAGGAGAAAGCGAAAGAAGAGGCAUUGUAA